AAUAUAAUACAAUACUACAGCGGAUUGACACACACCGUCACUGAACGAGACAAGCACGUCCUGAGACCGCAGGGAGCCACUCUUGUCGUUUUCAGGCAAAUGGCCGCUGCGACGUGCCUAGCUCCAGCUAUGGAGCUGUCAGGUUCUCUAAGGAAUGCUGGCACCACGUCAACAAGCGGGCGGAGCACAGACCUGGCCACGAAUACAAACAUUGCCACGCUGGUCGGAAACCUGCGCAAAUGCAGCCUGGCGUGCGCGGAAGCAGCAUGGGUGAACACUCACAUACUUCCAUGGCUUUUACAAAGAGGCGUGGACGCGGAGCUGCACAGCCUACUGGCGCGCUUCGGCUUUUCGGGACCACAGCUGGGCUUUACUGAGCCCGUAAUUGACCUGCUGGCGCUCACGACAGCGCUGCACAAGUACCUGUACGUGAAGAUGGGCCAGAUCGGCGCGGGCGCCUACGGGGCCGUGUUCAAGGCCUACCACCGCGAGACGCACGAGCUGCUGGCGAUCAAAGCCGCGGACAUGACAGAGUACGGGUUGGCGGCUUCCACACUCCGCGAAAUCACCAUGCUCAAGGAGCUGCGGCACCCCAACAUCGUGGGCCUGCGGGACGUCAUCAUGUCGCCUGUCGGACCGCCGCCGCUGCGGCAAGGUACCGCUGGCUCCGGUACCGGCCGCAAGCAGAGCUGCUACUUGGUGGUCGAGCUGCUCCACUGUGACCUGCACGCCUUUAUGCAGCACCGGCCGCACGCGCUGAGCAUGAGCACAGCCAAGUCGAUCAUGUACCAGCUACUGAGCGGGCUGAAGCAUGCGCACAUGAACGGCAUCAUGCACCGAGACAUCAAGCCGCAAAACAUCCUCAUGGGGCCCGCGCCCUCCGAUGUAGCAUCAGCGGCGGCAGCCGCCACAACGGCCCCAGAGGACACGGCUCCGGCCACUGCAGCGGGCCGGGUGCAGAUCAAGAUUGCGGACUUUGGCCUGGCGCGCUCGUACCUGCCCGACGAGCAGGCGUACACCGACUGGGUGGUGACGCUCUUCUACCGGCCGCCGGAGCUGCUGCUGGGCUGCAAGAGCUACAGCCCCACCGUGGACGUGUGGAGCGCGGGCUGCGUGCUUGCCGAGAUGGCCAAUACCGGUUCACCGCUGUUCGUGUCGGACUCGGAGCUGGGGCAGCUGGACGACAUCUUCGCCAAGCUGGGGACCCCUAGCGCCAAGGCUUGGCCUGAGCUGGAACAGAUGCUGGGCGCGACCGGCAUGGGUUCGAGGGCAUACCAGCCGCAGCCGCUGAAUCAGCUUGUGCCCCGGCUGGCGGCUGACCCGCAGGCUCUGGACCUGCUGAGCCGCAUGCUGGCGCCCAACCCCCGUCACCGCGUAUCCGCGGCUCGGGCGCUGGCGCACCCCUGGUUCGAUGACAUCCGGGCCGCUGAGGCGGCGGCCUUGCAGGCCGGCGUGGCCGCGGAGGCGGCGCGACAGGCGCGCGCAGGCGCUGUGGCGACGGCGCCGCUACCGCACAGAGGGUGCUGACGGAGUGAUGGACGCGAUAAGUAAAGGUUUCUACGGGACGCGGCUUGUGGUGUUUCCUGAGGACAGCCGCACUUUUGUGGCCUGUCUUACCCGUGCGUGAUGGGGCAUGGCGGCAGCGCAACAUUGCGUAGCUGAUGCACGCGCGCUGCGUUUUGGAUGCCCAAUGGCGAUACCAUAUGAUUGGAAGCCUACCUAUAACGAGUGAUGCUUGCGCUGCUGUCUAGUACGUCAGGGAGAAGGAAUACAAAACUGUUGGCGCACAGGGGCUACGUGACCCUGCACGUAUGUGUAGUGCACUUAAGCGUGCGCGUUUGGGUCGUAUUGACCCGCAGCAUCUGCACGUGUGUACGGUAUUGCGGGAUCCUUGGUGUGUCAGAGCUGUAGAUGACAGUUGGUCGCGCGCCACACAGAUUUUGCCCACAAGAUGCAAAAGCGUGUGCAGGAGACAGUGGUCUGCGUGCGUGCGCGGCUGGGUCGUAUUGACCGGCAGCACCUGGACGGCUGAGCCUGAAGCGUUGAUAUGGGAUUCCACGCUUGUCAGCGCCAUUCUUACAUCGUGACAGGCUGUUUUGCUUGCAGGACUACAUUAGGAACCGGAUGGCGCGUAAAAGGCAUGCCUUGGGGGAGCCCUAUUCAUUGGGCAUUGCGGUUUACGACCUCAACCGCCCAGCCAACAACUGGCCCUUACGGGUUGGCUGGAACUCCUUGAAGACUGGGCGUUUGCGGUGUGAUCCUAAAUACGGUGUUUUGCACGGCAUGCCAUGCGACCAAAUCGACUGAGUAGUUGCGGUAGAGGCAUCAGGUAGAGGUGAAGGAAUGUCCACAAAGGUAUGCAAUGUGGCGUAAAUGCGCACUGCAAUCGAUAGUGAUACAGACUCGAACGGGUGCUAUUAUGCAAGCUAGGGGUAGGUCCAGCUGCAGGAACGCUGUGUGACACAGGCAAGGUUAGGCCAGAUCAUGCUGGGCCUGCCUAGCGCGCAGGUGGCCAGGCUGAACCACGCGGUAUCGGCACGGUUGAUUGUCACCCGGCUCUUCUUGUGAUCAUUAUCCUAAGUGACACGUGCAUGGUUAUGCAGUUAGCAUUGUCGGGAAAGCAUACUGGUACACGUGAUACCAUAUGUCCCUUAGACGUGAAGAUGACCGGGCACUUUUGGGUUGUCCGCAGGGGUUGGGAUACAGAGAGUGCGACUCAGGUAGCACGCACGGCCCGCAUGUUGGCGUGGUCCGGACAGGAUCUGAGGAUCACAGGAGCUGGUCAUGGAUAGGAUUGAUAACCAUUUUUGCACGUUUGUUUCCGCUUGUGGGGAUACCGGCAGCCCAUCGUGCAUUCAUGCCGGGUCUGUUAGUAGGAUGGAGGCGUAUGUGCAAUACUAGGUGAGGGUGUCCCUCGCCUUGCGCACCUCAGUGUUGUUGCUGUUUGGACUGAGUUUGUUGAAGAUUGUAUUCAGUUUUGGCACUGUGUGUAUGGCGCUUUAAGUAUGUCAUCGUCGCGUACGGUAGGUGGUGUGACAGGGGUGCAGAGAGAGGUGCUCUGGCAGGUCAGCCUUCAGUCGCACUUACGCAGCUGGCAGGCAUGUGUCGUCAAAGCAAUGGAAGCAUGUCCGUGGUGCGGUGGAGUGAGUUGAGGAGAGCGCAAGUAACCGGCGCGUCCCGUGCUGUAAUGAUUGCGAACA